AUGGAGGGCAUCGUCUUCGUGGAGAGCUCCCAGCUCGAGCAGUGCGUGGAGGGCAUCACCAUCGUGGAGGGCGCCCAUCUGCUUGCGUGCUCACAGCCGCACGAGUUCAUUGCUGUCACCUUCGUCGCGCCGUCGGGCUGGUCCCACUGCUCGAGCGUGCCCCGCGACAUCACUGCCUCGGGCCUGCACUCCAUCGCGCAGGGCCUCUUUCCGGACCGGACGAUCUGCCUUCGUCGAGCUGCGUCUCCCAUUCUCGUCAGCACCGCACCGAACUCGAUUAUCGUACCAGAUAGCGCUCAGCCGUUCCUUAAUGAGACCUCCCAGAUCGUCGCAAUCUCUCUCACUUGGCUGCCGCGGUGCGUCGUUGCCGAGCCGUGCCCUGACAGAGAGCAGAUCCACUGCGAGGAACUGGUCCGCUGCGAGAAGAACUGGGUCUACGCAAUCAGAGCGAAGAAGUGGGACUCCGCCAGAGCCGUCCUCCUGUCCCACGCGCGGCCGGAUCUGCUGGUUCGGCAGCGCGACGGCGGCGGAGAGACGCCGCUGGCCUGGGCGGCAUACGGCGCGGGGAGCUGCCGAGCUGCGGCCGACCUCGUGCACCUCAUCCUCAAGGCAGCGCCGGGCGAGGCGGCAGUCGUCUGCCCCGGCACCGGGUUUACGCCGCUGCACGAUGCGGCCUGGGGCAACGCCGCAGCCGAGGUGGCAGCCCUGCUCUGCCUGUUCUACCCCGAGGCCCUGUUCGCCCGCGGCCGGUCCGGGGAGACGCCCCACACGGUGGGCCGUUCGAUGCACCUCGGGUUCUCCUGGCCCCGCCCCGCGGAGCUGCUGGCGGCGGCCGCCAGCCUCCUGUGGAGGCGGGGCGCGGAGGCGCUGGGCGCCCCCGCCGGCACGGCAGAGAGGCUCGAGCGCUGCCUCGCCGCGGUCUGCGGUCGGCAGCACCGCGACGACCGAGACGACCGCGCGCUGCCUCGGGCCCCGGCCCCGGCAGCAGCCGCGCCGGAGCCGGGCGCUGCGGCGCUGCGACGAGCGCCGCGCCGCAGGGCGGCCGCCAGCGUCGCGCAGGCGCCGCGCGGCGAGGACGCCGACUGCGCGCCCAGUCCGCCGCUCGCCGCCGACGUGCUGCACUUCUGCGAGGCGCGGGCGAAGAGCCGCGGGCGGCUCGCGGGUGCCAGAGAGGUCCGGCACAGCCGCUGCGGCUUCACGGAGCAGGCGGUCGUCGCGGUGGGCGGCGCGGGCUGCACGUUCCGGCUGAGGUUGUAUCGAGUCCGUGCCAUCCACGAGGCUCCGGCGCGCCGCGAGAGGGCGCUGGAGAGGUCGAUCAAGCUCGCAGUGGGCGUCGACUUGGAGGUGAGCCUCUGCGCCCGCUGCCUGGCCGCCCCCGCCGCCCCGCCGCCCCCCUUCUCGAGCGCCAGCGGCGCAGCCGCCUGGAGGCCGCCGGGGGGUGGUGCUGCGGGCCGCCGGGCGGCGCGGCAACCCGUACGACGUGCUAGGCCUGGCGCGCGGCGCCGAGGAGUCGGCCGUGCGGCCGGCCUUCCGGAAGCUCGCCGCGAGGCUUCACCCGGACGUGCCGGGCACGGGCGACGCAGAGGCCUUCCGGGAGGUCGCGUGGGCCUACAAGGAGCUGUCGGGUGCGGCGGGGCGACGGCGCUGGGCCGCCGAGGAUGCCGCGCCCCGCGCGGCCGCGGCCGCGGGGUACGCCGCCCCCGAGCGCGACUACUCCUCGGUCUGGCAGGACCUGAAGCGCUACGCCGCUGGCGGCGCCGCCUCCGGCGACGUGUGGGACGAGCUGCUCGAGGACGAGGGCCCGGCCGCGGGCCGCCCUCCGCGCGCCCGGAGGCGGCGGCGCGCGCGGCGCGCGGCGCGGGAGCCGUUCGUCUGGGAGGAGGAGUGGUGGGAGGACCCGCCGGGCGCGCGCGGCGCCAGGAGGGGUGCCGCCGCCUCCGCGGAGGACGCCGACUUCGACGAGCUCUGGGAGGCGCGCAUGCGGCAGUCGGAGCGGCGGCAGACGCAGGAGGACGUGCGCUCCCACCCGUUCGAGAUGGGCCUGGUGCGGCGCCUCAUCGAGGGCCGCUACGCCGCCCGGGGCUCCAACCACGGCGCCCCCGUCUGGCGCAAGGCCAAGGCCGGGGACGUCGACGUCGAUACCACGGUGUACUUCUGGGACGACAGGGACGGCCCCGCGCAGUGCGGGUGGUGGGUCGGCCUCGAGGUCGGCGGCGACACGGUCUUCGCCUUCGGCCGCAGCGUGGACCGGGCCGCGCCGCCGCCUUCGGGCUGGCGGCUGCCGGCGUCGGGGCCAGUGGACCCGUCGCUGCGGGUGACGCUGGCGCCGGGUUCCGGGGGCGCGCUUUUGCUGGAGGUCGGCGGCGCCGAGGCGGCGGCGGCGGAGCGAGGGCCCGCCAGCGCUGGCGGGGCCCCGGCUGCUGCUCCAGCGCCCCCGCCGUCGCCAAGGCCGCCGCCGUGGCCCUUCGACUUCGGGUCGAUACCGCGGUGAGGCCCCUCGCCGGGGAGGGGCGCACGCCGGUGGCCGCGCCCGCGGCUGCCGCCGCCUCCCUCCCUCCGUCCUCCCGGAG